AUGACAAGUAUUAGGGUUGCAGACAUAGAGAAUGGCAGGAUUAAUGUGAAUUAUCCAUCAAAGCUCAAUUGUUAUGCGGUCGUCUGUUGGGGUUUUGCAGCCUGUGCUGGUUUAAUGUUCGGUUACGAUAUUGGUAUUUCAGGAGGAGUGACAGCCAUGAAUGACUUCUUGAUCAAGUUCUUCCCAGAUGUCUACAGGAGAAAGCUUCGUGCUCGUGAAGACAAUUACUGCAAGUACGACGAUCAAAAACUACAGCUUUUCACAUCUUCACUGUACCUUGCAGCCCUUGCUUCCAGCUUUUUAGCAUCAUCGAUAUGCAAGCGUUAUGGUAGAAAGCGCACAAUGCUGGGUGCAUCGCUAUUUUUCUUGGCAGGUGCAGGCUUAAGCAGCGGUGCUCAAAACAUCUGCAUGCUCAUCAUUGGAAGAAUUUCCCUUGGUGUUGGUGUGGGAUUCGGCAAUGAGGCUGCACCUCUAUUCUUAUCAGAGACAGCAACAGUGAAGCUUCGGGGGGCAAUCAAUAUUCUAUUCCAACUUUUUGUCACCAUGGGAAUACUAAUGGCUAAUUCUGUCAACUACGGAACUUCAGGCAUGCAUAAAAAUGGAUGGAGACUGUCUUUGGGUCUUGCAGCUGUUCCAGCUUUCUUACUAUUUGUAGGAUCCAUAUUUAUCGAUGAAACACCAACAAGCCUAGUUGAGCAAGAUAAGGAAGCUGAGGGGAAAAGAGUCCUCCGGAAUAUUAGAGGAGUCGAAGAUGUCGAUGCAGAGUUCGAGCAGAUUAAAGCAGCCAACGAGAGAGCCAAGCAAGUCAAGGGUUCGUUAAAGAACCUCAUGAAGCGCUCGAGCUUGCCCCCAGUAAUUAUAGGCACCGUGUUACAAGUGUUUCAACAGUUUACAGGAAUCAAUGCUAUAAUGUUUUAUGCACCUGUCCUGUUUCAAACUGUUGGGUUCAAGAACAAUGGUUCGCUUGUCUCCGCUCUUGUCACUGGAUUUGUUAACGUUCUAAGCACAUUGAUCGCAGUUUUUCUUGCGGAUAAAGCAGGGAGGAGAUUCUUGCUUCGUUUAUCUUCCGUCAUCAUGUUCGUUAGUCAGGUUAUAAUAGGAAUCAUAUUGGUAACUAGCUUGAAAGCCACAGGCUCUCUCCCAGAAGCACAGGCAUAUACGGUGUUGAUCUUUGUGUGCCUGUUUGUUUUUGCUUUUGCCUGGUCAUGGGGUCCUCUUGGAUGGUUGAUACCAAGUGAAACAUUCCCUGUGGAGACGAGAACUGCAGGGUUUGCUUUUGCAGUUAGCUCAAACAUGCUCUUCACAUUCAUCAUAGCUCAGGCGUUCUUAUCAAUGAUGUGUCAUAUGAGAGCCGGUAUUUUCUUCUUCUUUUCUGCUUGGAUACUUGUCAUGGGCUUGUGCGCUCAGUGGCUGUUGCCAGAGACCAAGGGCGUCCCCAUUGAUCUCAUGGUUGAAAGGGUCUGGAAGCAGCAUUGGUUCUGGAAAAGGUUCAUGGACUGA